AUAAUGAAAAACAACAAGUAAUUUCACAAAAACAGACGCGCUUCAUCAAUUGAACAAGAGCAUCUGAAAAGAUAGCAACACAAACCGCAUAAAUAAAAAAAUAAAAUAAAAAGAACUUAAAGUGCAUUAAUUUCAUAAACAAAGACACAUUCACAUUAUUAAAGUAAAAAAAAGUGUUUAAUAAAAAUAUGUCUGCUACAUCCGAAGAUCAGGUGGGAGCAUUUGUAGAACGAUCUACUAAUACUGAUGAUAUCACUGAUGCAUUUGGUUCACUUGGUUCUGCAAAUAAUGCCUCCACCACCUAUUAUGCCAGUGGCGGUUCAUCGAAUCAUCACCAACAACAAGGAGCAAUAGCCCAGCUCGCAAAUAAAUCGUAUAAUACAUCUUCGAGCAAUUACACUGCAGUAAUGCCUACCGAUCGUCAUGCUGUCGAAUACAAUAUGCGUCAUAAAAAUCGUGGUUUAGCAUUGAUUUUUAAUCAUGAGCAUUUUAAUGUACAAACACUGAAAUCACGAUCAGGUACCAAUGUUGACUGUGAUAAUUUAGCACGUUGCCUCAAGCAGCUAGAAUUCGAUGUUAAAAUAUACAAAGAUUAUACUUACGGUGAAAUUAAACGACAAAUCGAAUGGGCUGCUAAUCAAGAUCACAGCAAUAGUGAUUGCAUAUUGAUAGCCAUUUUGUCGCAUGGUGAAAUGGGUUUUAUUUAUGCCAAAGAUACGCAAUACAAACUGGACAGUAUAUGGAACUAUUUUACCGCUCAACAUUGCCGCUCUUUGGCCGGUAAACCUAAGCUCUUCUUUAUUCAGGCUUGCCAAGGUGAUCGUUUGGAUCCUGGUGUAACCAUGAAACGUGCUGUUACCCAAACGGAUGGUGACUCAUCGAUGAGCUAUAAAAUACCAGUACAUGCUGAUUUUCUCAUUGCCUAUUCUACUAUACCUGGAUUUUAUUCCUGGCGCAAUACUACUCGUGGUUCCUGGUUUAUGCAGUCAUUGUGUGCUGAAUUGGCAGCAAAUGGUAAACGUUAUGAUAUAUUGACCUUAUUGACUUUUGUCUGCCAGCGUGUUGCCGUCGAUUUCGAAUCCUGUACUCCUGAUACGCCAGAAAUGCAUCAGCAAAAACAAAUACCUUGCAUUACCACCAUGUUAACGCGCAUUUUACGUUUUCAUGAUAAAAACUCUUUAGCUCCAGCUGGACGAGUAUAAGGCUCAAAAGAAAAAAAAGGUAAUGCUAAUUUUUGUUUAUUUCGGGGGUGAGUUUUUAAGAAUAAGGGAACAAUGAGAGAGAAUGUGAUAACUUAGUAAUGGGCGAAACAACGAAAAUCUAAAAAAAAGCAAAAUAAAAGGGAAAUUACCUUUAUACAUAAAAAGGUAAAUAACAGUUUUUCUUCAAAAAUAAAUUAGUUCGAUUGUUUAUCUAAUCUUAUAGAUGAAGUCAUUCAUAAAGAAAUUAAAAUCAUUUUUUUUUGGUUCGGAAUAUUAUAAGCCUAUAAACAUAUUUAUUUUAGAAUUAAUAACACUUUUUCAAGAAAAAAUUGCUUAAUCUCUUGAAACGUUUUAGAGAACUUGUGAAUUUGAUUCGAAAUUUUUUAUAACAAAAUUUAGUUCUUUAAGAAAAUCUUAUAACUUUAUAAUAAAAAUUAUAACAAAAUUUUGAAUAUUUUGUUUUUUAUUCGAAAUAAAAGUAUUUUAUAAUAAAAUUCACAUUUUUAUAAAUAAAACAUGUUCUCGGUUUGCUCUAAAUUUUGAUUUCUAGUUAAUAUUCGAAAUUUUUUUAACUUUUUUAUUGUAUGAAAAAAUAUAUCUAUUUCUCAUACGAUUUAUAAUAUUGUAUUAAAACUUUCAAGAGAAUUUCAUAAUUCCCAGGAAAAAUUGUAUUAGUUCUACAACUAGUUCAAGAACACAUGAAUUCGUUCUAGUUUGGCAUUGAAAUCAACGAUUUUUGUUCGAAAUUGUCACCUUCGGAACUGUUUCUGAGGAAGCGUUAUGAAGUCGAUACUCUUUCUUUUGAACGCUUCUGGAACUAGUUCUUUAAUCAAUGAUUUAUGUUUAAAUUUGUCAACCUCGGAACUAGUUCCAGGGAAGCUUUAGAGAACGUUUAAACAAAUAUUUCUUUUUUUUUUAGCGUUUUUGUUUAAUAUUAUUAAGAUAAAAAUAUACGCGUUUUCUAUUUCGAUAAAAAUAACUUUAUAAAAUUUUAAUGUUUUGACAUUUUUUUCCAUUGAUUUCAAGAAGUUGUUUCGGAACUAGUAUGCGUUCCAUUGAACUAGUGUAGUAACAAUAUAUAACUAGUUAGAAGUAUUUAAAAACCACAACAAUAUUCUAAAGAACGGGUUCCAGAAGUAAUAGCAACACUACUAGUUCCAAGGCAUUUGGAACUAGACAAUCUGAAGUGGUUCUGUUUUUACUCGUUCUAGAACCAGUAGUUUUUAGAAUAAGUUCUAAAAUUUUUCCUGGGUUAUUAAUCGAUAGUUUAUUUUUGACUUACUGUUUAAAUCUUUGGUUAAAUAAAAAUAUUUUAUAAGAAAUUAAAAUUUGAGUUAAAAAACUAUACUUAUUUUAUCAGUAAAAAAUAAUCUUUAGCACAAUUUGUUAUUUUAACAGAUGUUUUAAAACAAUAUUUGAGAUUUUAAUAAAAAUUUGGUUUAUUGUAAACAAACACUGCCAUAUUAGUAAAUUGCAAUAUAAUUUGUAAUAGAAAAAACUUAAAAGUUUAAAAGCCUUUAACCACUAAAAACCUCUGUAACUAUCAAUUUUACCAACAUGAGUUAAUGUGGUGUCAUUAGAUAACUGUUUGAUACUAUUGAUAAAUUAUAAAUUAAUUAAUUAAAAUAAAUUAUCUUUUAUUUUUUACUUG